GCAGUCGUACUAAGUUUAUCUGCUCCCCUGUCCAGUUCUUCACGCGCUCAGCUGUGGCCUCAGGGCCGCCAGCAAGACAUGUAUCCGGGUAGACUCUCUGAUGGCAGUGCCCGAGAGCAAAAAACGCAGCAAAUAAAGAGCUGGGCCGGGUCGGAAACUGACCGGGCAUCCUCGGAAUAUCGUCCGGCUAAAAAGAUUAAAUUUCCACUGGGCGUUGCUUUAAUUGCGGCCUGCUACGCCAACGACCAAGAGGAAUUUAAACGCAUUCUCUCACUAGGGAUAGAUAUAAACACAAGAAAUCCUGAUGGUUUAACAUGUGUUCAUCAGUGUUGCAUUAACGGUGACUAUGAAUUUCUGGAAUUUCUCAUCAAAGAAGGGGCUAAUAUCAACAUUCAGGAUAACGAAGGCUGGACUCCACUUCAUGCCGCUGCGUCAGUUGGGUGUGAAGAACUUGUUAGACUGCUACUCGAUAAUGGAGCGGAUUUAUCUCUCCUCAGCUGUGAAAUGGAGCUAGCAUCAGAUGUGUCACAAAACCCUAAAGUCACCGAGUUACUCAACGAAGCGAUGCACGCCCGGGGUAUCGAUCCACUUAAAGCGCGCCAGGCUGAAGAGUUGAUGCUGUUGCAGGAUGUAGAACAUUGGAUGCGUCAGGGCAAAUAUGAACCCGUAGUGGAUCCACUCUCAGGAGCGACUCCAUUGCAUGUGGCCGCCUGCAAACCCUAUCCGGAAGUGUUGAAAAUGUUGCUCAAGAUUCCUGGCGUGGACAUUAACGCUCAAGACAAUGACGGCUGGACUCCUCUACACGCGGCUGCCCACUGGAACCGCGAGGAGUCUGCACGCUUGUUGGUCGAAGCCGGUGCUAGCUUUGAUGUGUGUACGUAUUCGAAUCAGUCAAUCUUUGAUGUUGCAGACAAGCAAAUCACUGUUCUCUUACGCCAACUUCGUGAGCGUCAGCGAGCCGAAAGACGUCUUGCGGAGGCUCGCAUCCCAGCUACAGCUCCUACUCCAGUCGUCAAAGCGACCCCCGUAGCAUCUCCGGCAUCUGAUGAAGAGUCAAGCGAUGAGGAGGUGCUAGAUGACAGUCUUGUGGAAAACUUCGUUCCAGACACCGCACUCGUAAACGGCAAGCCAGAAUUAGCUGAAUUGGGCUUGCCCACCAAAGUAGCGGCUGGUGAUAGCGAUGUGUCGGCAAAACUUCUUUCCGAAUCGACUCCGCUUGACAUUGCACAAAUGCAAGACAUAUCACACAAACCAACGAUCCCUGUGGCGAGUUCCCUGGUUUCCAACACAGCUGCUCCUCCCGUAAUUACUCCACCUCCGAUUGCCCAUACAUCCCCAUCAACUCCCGGUCCGGUUGCUCAUCUUCCCGAUGUCGAUGCACAAACCACAGUUCCGUCACCUUUGCCACCCAAAGACCAAACACUCCGGCCUACAGUUGACGAUUUGGCGCCUUGUGACUUUGUUCCAACUUCUACAGACGCUCCUAAGUCCACAUAUCUUAUAUCUGCUGGUUCCGGUGAGUUGCACACCACUUUGUCUGAAGACAAACGCUCACAGCUACCGAACGGAAUCGCUGUAGCUGAGAAUGCUUCAUCGAGUUCUUCGUCUACACCGGAAGAAUCUCCGGUUGCAAAAAGCACCGCCCUCAUUCCGGAUGCUGACGUUGCAGUGGAGCUAAGCGGCCUUACGCGACUGCGUAGAUCUCUCAGGGAACAUUCUCCCACCGCUACGGUAGCUCCUACUUCUCCGGCAAAGACUACAACCGUGAAUUCGGCUCGAAUCGUGACAAUUCGUAGGCGGCAACCUCCUCCGGGCACUGUCAGCCGCGCACCUGCCACUACAUCUCUAGGACAACAGGACGAUAAACAAGCGAGAGAAAGACGAUCCCCAUCCCCCGUACCCAGUGAUCAGUCUCUCAACAAUCGCCGAGUGUCUUUGCUAAUGUCUCCUGCAAAGUCGGGCGAGACGGAGACUCAGAGAAGCGUCAAGGCCCGUUACGUGCGUUCAACCCGACGUUCUACUCAAGGCGUUUCGGCGGAAGAGGUUGAAGAAGCGAAAAAGCUCAUCGAUAACAACAAUAGCGCCUCUGCUUCCAUUUCUACAUGCAUCUCUUCUACCUCGUUGACACCCGAAUGCAAUGUUUCCAACUCCUCUCCUCAUCGAUCAGAUAAACUAACCAUCCGGGUUUCGCGUUUCAAACUACGCUCAAAUACGUCUCCGGAUUCGACACUUCCCGAUGUGGCCCUCCCAACAGCAUCUACAACUGUUGAUGGUCCUCCGUCUUCAAAUCAGACCACUACUCUAUCCCGAACCUACCGGGCAGUUCGUCGUAGCAAUACGGAGCAUUCCAGCGCCCCACAAGACUCUUGGACGAGCUCUGCGGAUUUCACCUUCAACAACGUCUCAGGAUCACGUAUUACUAAUGCUGUGCUGCGUACGCAGCCGCGCAUCAUGCGCGAUCUGAGCACGGACGACACUCUCAAGGACUCUUCUACUCGAUCGGGCCGCAAUGGAACCCAACGUUUCGGCAUGGGUGCCGUCUUGCCCUCCUCAUUCUCCUCGAGCUCGGUUGCCACACCCAGACAACCUAACACGUUCAACUCUUCUGAGGACUCUGGGCAGAUCAAAGGUGUCAUUUCUCGACCGUCUAGUCGCUUCUUUCACCGAAGUGAAAAUCAUCCUGCUUGGUCGCAAGCAAAUCACCUGCCCACUGGCUCUUCCUACUCAGCCCAACCUUCACGUAACGGCAAUGUGGCAACUUCAAAUUACGGAUCAGGAGCAGCUCUUCCUAAUGUUUCCUGUAAUAGUACAUCCUCCUUGCCGGUCAGCUCUGAUCACCGUGUUAACACACGCGGUGACCCGUCGUCCAGAUACGACAGUACUAAACCAAUUGAUUAUCGACAGCUGUACGAAAAAGAGCGAGCAGAAAGGGAACGUCUUACUCGCGAAUUGGAACUUCUUACUCGAGAGACAGCCAGCCUGCGUUUGCAAUUGAGUCGCAUCACCAAAGACGAUGCGUAUGCCUUGCAUAACAACGCGACGGCUUUCACGCAAAACACUUCCCAGUCGACCACUGAAGAGCUUCAUAACCGCCUAUUAAUGCACGAAGACCAGCUCAAAGAACUCAAUCGGCUCCGCGAAGAGAAUGCAAAAAUGAAAGAGGAUAAUGGGGCCCUGAUCAGAGUGAUAAGCAAACUCUCUAAACCCAUUUAAGUGCAUUCUCCCACGAGUUCAUGCACUCUUUUGCUUUCGAACUAGUUACCUUGACGCAACGACUCUGGUCUCUCUGUGGAACACUUUGCUGCGCGUCAACACAAGUAUCAUCGUGCUCUUGCUGCCUUCAGCGUUCCAUCUAUGAACGUUUUCGUCGCGGACGCACAUCUUAACACCUUGUCUCAGUUUCAGGAUAUUUUUCUGCGCCGAAUUAUUUUUUUAUCUUAUUUGUCCUAACGACGAUCUAUCAAAAACUCCCGUAUGAUAAAUAGUUGGCAUGUGGCAUUCUCGUUCCUUGCUUUUGCUGUUCAUUGAAAUCACUUCUUAGUUACUAUGUCUGUAUCUUACCCCCAGUUCCCAAUUUUCCCUCAUUUGUGUAAAUAUUCACUUCCCAUGCAUCUUGCUGCUUCUUAUUCCUCGCUUAUUUGCCUCGAGCGACUCUUUUUCGUCAGGCACAUAUGAGAUGCCUUCAUAUGUGUUGAAAACCUUCAUAUUUCGUGACCUAUAUAAAUUAAUGGUCCCUGUGCCACUACCGUUUCUCCGAGCGAUCCCCUGGCUGCAUUUCUUGCAUCACUGACCUGUACGCCUUUCGUUGUUUCGUCCACUACCACAUGGGGCUUGUGGGUUAUUGGCAAUGUCAUUGUGCAUUGGUCUGGAUUUUCAGUUGCGUAUUGUUCUCUCCUCUCUGCCAACCUUUGAUUUCGAAUGUUGAUUUCUUGUUCCUCGGUAUGAGGAGGUCCUUGUCUGAUUUCCUCGUGCUGCAGAUUCAGACGGUGACGCUUGCGCCACGUUGCUGUACUACACUUCUUUGAAAGUACAAGUUGUUUUAGUGACCUCCAGUAUUUUCUACCUCUCGCUUUUUUUAAUAAUCCCACUUGUUAAUCUAAACUCUGCUAUCCUAUUUGUGAGAUCGGGUCCUCUGAUGAGCUCCAGUGCAUUUGCACUUGCUGACAUAUAACGUGGCAGCUACC